AUGAAAUUGCUUAAGUCCCAGCACAAGGUGGCAGGAGAGGAGGAGCGCAUUGGCCUGGCCCAGCUAAUGUGCAUCUUGAGGAAGAAGAUCAGGAUUCUCCGACGAGCAGAGUGGCAUCGAAGGCGCCGGCGUGAGAGGACACGUAAACGUGCUGCCUUUAUUGCCAACCCCUUCAAUUUCAUGAAGGACCUUCUGGGGCAGAAGCGCAGCGGGAAACUUGCCUCCUCGCAGGAAGACAUUGACCAAUAUCUCACUCGGAUAUAUAGCGACCCCGAGAGAGAGCAUGAGUUGGGAGAGUGCAACAUCCUAAUAGACCCCCCUGUUCCGGACAUGCAGUUCGACAUGACUGAGCUGCAGCUUAAGGAAGUCAGAGAGGUUGUCCGCAAAGCAAGGGCUAGCUCUGCUCCAGGACCAAGUGGCACUUCAUACAAAGUGUACAAGAACUGUCCCAAACUCCUACAGCGUCUAUGGAAACUCCUGCGAGUGUUCUGGAGAAGAGGGAAGAUCCCAGAUCAAUGGCGAGUGGCUGAAGGGGUGUGGAUCCCGAAGGAGGAAAACUCCACCCAGCUAGACCAGUUCCGUAUCAUAUCCCUGCUGUGUGUCGAGGCGAAGGUUUUCUUCAGCGCCAUCUCAAGACGCCUGAGCACCUACCUGGUAAAGAACACUUACAUUGACACAUCAGUGCAGAAGGGUGGCAUACCAGGAAUGCCAGGCUGUAUGGAGCAUACCGGCGUGGUGACACAGCUAAUCCGGGAGGCCAGAGAGAACAAAGGCAACCUGUCAGUGUUAUGGCUCGACCUGGCAAAUGCUUUUGGCUCCAUUCCUCACAAGCUGGUCCAACUCACACUGACAAAACAUCAUGUCCCCAGCAGGUGUAGAGACCUCAUCACUGACUAUUACGACAACUUCAGGAUGAGGGUUUCCUCUGGAGCAACAACAUCAUCUUGGCACAAGGUAGAUAUUGGCAUUGUCACAGGGUGUACCAUCUCUGUGACACUGUUCUCCCUAGCCAUGAACAUGCUCAUCAAGUCUGCGGAGCCAGAGUGCAGAGGGCCUCAAUCGAGAUCCGGACAGCGGCAGCCACCCAUCAGGGCAUUCAUGGAUGACCUCACAGUCACCACUGAAUCAGUACCAGGCUGCCGAUGGAUUUUAAAGGGUCUCGAGAAGCUAGUGGAGUGGGCCCGGAUGUGUUUUAAACCAGCCAAAUCUAGAUCAAUGGUGCUGAAGCGCGGGAGGGUGGAAGACAAAUUCCGGUUUACCAUCUCCGGCGAAGACAUCCCUACCAUCUCAGAGAAGCCAGUCAAGAGCUUGGGCAAGGCUUUUGACAGCUCUCUGAGAGACAAAACAUCAAUUCAGUCCACUUGCGCUGAGUUGGAUGGCUGGCUGAAAACUGUAGACAAGACAGGCCUUCCUGGGAAGUUCAAAGCCUGGAUCUACCAGCAUGGCAUUCUCCCCAGGGUCCUGUGGCCCCUCCUUGUCUACGCCUUCCCAAUCUCAGCGGUUGAAACUCUGGAGAGGAAGGUCAGCAAACACCUCCGAAGAUGGCUUGGGUUACCGAAGAGUCUGAGCAGCAUCGCUCUCUAUGGGCGCAACAACAAACUGCAGCUGCCCUUUAGAUCCUUGGAGGAGGAAUUCAAGGUGACAAGAGCCAGAGAGGUGGUGCAGUACAGGGAUUCAAGGGACCCAAAGGUGGCCAAUGCUGGGAUCCAAGUGAGGACUGGCAGGAAGUGGAGAGCAGAGGAUGCUGUCCAAGAGGCAGAGGCCAGGCUACGUCACAAAAACCUGGUGGGAGUGGUCACACGGGGCAGAGCUGGGCUAGGGUCCUUUCCAACUCCUCAAUUCAACACCAAGGGGAAGGAGAGGCGGUGCCUUGUCCAGGAGGAGGUGAGAGCAGUAGAGGAGGAGACUAGAUCCUGCAAGGCAGUGGGGAUGAAACAACAGGGAGCCUGGACAAGAUGGGAGAAUGCGACAGAGAGGAAGGUGACCUGGACUGAACUCUGGAGAGCCGAGCCCCAACGCAUCAAAUUCCUCAUCCAGGCAGUCUACGACAUGCUCCCAAGCCCAUCAAACCUGCACACAUGGGGCUUAGCAGAGACACCAGCGUGCCCCUUGUGUUCCAAGCGAGGAACUCUAGAACACAUCCUCAGCUGCUGCACCAGGGCACUUGGAGAUGGAAGGUACCGCUGGAGGCAUGACCAAGUCCUUAAGACCAUUGCUGAGGCCAUCAGCGCUGGACUUGUGUGGGCAAAGCAGUUCCGGCCCUCCAAGAGAACCAUCGCCUUUAUCAGAGCUGGGGAGCAGGCAACCCCUGCCAGAAGAUCUACUGCUGGCAUCCUGACCUCUGCAAGAGACUGGCAGCUGCUGGUGGACCUUGAACGACAACUGAAGUUCCCCAGCCACAUUGCUGUCACCACCCUGCGGCCAGACAUUGUCCUCGUGUCGGAGUCCACCAAGCGAACAGUGAUGCUGGAGCUGACAGUUCCAUGGGAAGAACGCUUGGAUGAAGCCUUCGAGAGGAAACUUUCCAAGUACGCAGGACUGGUCAGUGACUGCCAGCAGGCAGGGUGGAGAGCGAGGUGCCUUCCAGUGGAGGUAGGAUGCAGAGGUUUUGCGGCCCGUUCUUUGGCCAGAGCCUUUAGCUAUUUAGGCAUCGUGGGAGAGAGGAAGAGGAGAGCCAUCCGCAGCACCACCGAUGCGGCAGAGAGAGCCUCAAGAUGGCUGUGGCUCAAAAGAGGAGAGCCAUGGAGUCAUGGUAGCUAGCCAUCUGGACACAAGCUGGGGUUUGAUCAGCCCCGGUUGGGUCACCUGGAGGAGGGUGUAUGAUGUUGAA